AGAGCAAAAUCGCCUCAUUGCUUUACACAGCUACUGCCAUGUCUCCCGCAUACUGAGCAGGACGGAGGGCUAGUGAGACAGCUUCCAAGUCGGAUUGAAAGCUGCAGGCGUUCUUUCCAGUUGUAGACUCUGAAUCUCCGAAACCACACGUUAGCAGAUAAUCUACACGGCAGUCGUCAUGUUUUUGGAUUUUGAGAAGCUCCGGAUGGCGGGCGCUGGAAAAGCCAUCGCUGUUUUGACUAGCGGUGGAGAUGCACAGGGAAUGAAUGCAGCUGUUCGUGCUGUAACGCGCAUGGGCAUUUAUGUGGGGGCCAAGGUCUAUCUGAUCUAUGAGGGCUAUGAAGGGCUCGUGGAUGGAGGUGACAACAUCAAAAUCGCCAACUGGCAAAGCGUGAGCAACAUCAUCCAGCUGGGUGGCACUGUGAUUGGGAGUGCCCGCUGUAAAGCUUUCACCGCAAGAGAGGGUCGUUUGGCAGCUGCGUUCCACCUGGUCCAGAGGGGCAUCACAAACCUCUGCGUGUGUGGUGGAGAUGGAAGCCUCACUGGAGCCAACAUCUUCCGCAAUGAGUGGAGUGACCUGCUGGCCCAGCUGGUGCAGGAAGGGAGAAUCACUGACUCCUUGGCUCAGCAGUACACCCAUCUGAACAUUGUGGGCCUUGUGGGCUCCAUCGAUAAUGAUUUCUGCGGCACAGACAUGACCAUUGGAGCAGACUCUGCCCUUCAUCGCAUCAUGGAGGUCAUCGAUGCAAUCAGCACUACUGCACAGAGUCAUCAGAGAACAUUUGUGCUGGAGGUGAUGGGACGGCAUUGUGGAUAUCUGGCUGUGGUGUCCGCUCUGGCCUCUGGUGCUGACUGGGUCUUUAUCCCUGAAGCUCCCCCAGAGGAAGGGUGGGAGGACCAUAUGUGUGCCCGCUUGGGAGAGAGCCGCAGUAAGGGCUCUCGCCUCAACAUUGUGAUCAUCGCAGAGGGAGCCAUUGAUAAGCAUGGCGAGCCCAUCACCUCUAACUAUGUGAAGGAUCUGGUGGUGCAGAGACUGGGUUAUGACACUCGAGUCACUGUCCUGGGACACGUGCAGAGGGGAGGGACACCCUCUGCCUUCGACAGGGUGCUGAGCAGUAAGUUGGGAGUAGAGGCUGUCGUGGCUCUGUUGGAGGCCACUCCAGAAACCUCUGCCUGUGUGAUUGGACUGUCUGGUAACCAGGCCAUGCGCCUCCCUCUAAUGGAGUGUGUCAAUAUGACAAAGGAGGUACAGAAAGCCAUGAACGAGAAGCGGUUUGAAGAAGCCAUUCAACUCCGUGGAAAGAGCUUUGAGAACAACUGGAACACCUACAAGCUUUUGGCCCAUCAGAAACCUGCUCAAUCAAAAAGUGACCACUCCAUGGCUAUUCUGAAUGUGGGUGCUCCUGCAGCAGGCAUGAAUGCAGCUGUGAGGUCAGCAGUCAGAGUGGGUCUUGCCCAGGGUCUCAGAGUCUACAAUAUCAAUGAUGGGUUUGAAGGUCUGGCCAAAGGCAUGGUGACUGAGGUGCACUGGCAUGAUGUAGCAGGCUGGACUGGCCAGGGAGGGUCACUGCUUGGGACUAAAAGAACCCUCCCCAACUCCUGCAUGGAACAAAUAGUGGAGACUAUCAGCAAAUACAAUAUACAGUCCCUUCUGGUGAUCGGGGGAUUUGAGGCUUAUGAGGGAGUUCUGCAGCUGGUGGAGGCUCGGGGGCAUUAUGAUGAACUCUGUAUUGUAAUGUGUGUGAUUCCUGCCACCAUAAGCAACAACGUGCCAGGCACAGACUUCAGUCUGGGAGCAGACACAGCCGUCAACGCUGCUAUGGAGAGCUGUGACAAAAUCAAGCAAUCUGCAUCUGGCACCAAGAGGCGGGUCUUCAUUGUAGAGACCAUGGGAGGAUAUUGUGGUUACCUGGCAACCACCACAGGCAUUGCUGUGGGGGCAGAUGCAGCUUACAUCUUUGAAGAAUCAUUCAACAUCCGUGACUUGGAGAUGAAUGUGGAGCAUUUGACAGAGAAGAUGAAGAAGGACAUUCAGCGAGGCCUAGUGCUGAGGAAUGAGAAGUGCCACAAACAUUACACAACAGACUUUAUCCACAACCUGUACUCAGCUGAGGGCAAGGGUAUCUUCGACUGCAGGGUUAAUGUCCUGGGACACUUACAGCAGGGUGGGGUCCCAACACCUUUUGACAGGAACUUUGGCACCAAAAUGGGUGUGAAGGCUGUUCUGUGGCUCACUGAGAAAAUGAAAGAGACCCACAGACAAGGCCGUGUGUUUGCCAACGCUCCAGAGACAGCAUGCGUCAUAGGCAUGAACAGGAAAGUGAUGUCCUUUAGCCCAGUUACGGAGCUCAAGGACCACACUGACUUUGAGCACAGGAUGCCAAAGGAGCAGUGGUGGAUAAAUCUGCGUGUCAUGCUGAAAAUGCUGGCUAAGUACCAGACUCAUUUUGAUGAGUAUGUGACCGGGGAUAUAGAGCAUGUUACCCGCCGGACCCUCAGCAUAGAAACUGGAUUCUGAAGAGAUGAAAUACACUCCCUCCACCAGAGGGUGCCCCAGCUAACAAUCCUGCCAUUCCUGUACUGACUAACCCCGAAUACCUCUUUCCCAUCUGUGAAUUUUAUAGUUCCUAAAAAUGGAUCUUACCUCAGUAGCACAUUUAAUAAUCCAUUAACAUAAUGACUGCAGUGAUGCCCCCUCCAAUCGUGCAGAUAUGUUUCACUUCUUGAUUAAGUUUGAACACUAGUUUUUCUUAUUUACACUGUUACAGUACGUGAUUGAUGUGAAUCUGUUUGAAAUGUUAGCCAUCUGGUCCCUCUGUGCCUUUGUUGUACAUUUAGUGUUAAAUGCCAUUGCAGUACAUGUGCACUCAGUAGCAUUUAGGGCACUCACCGUACUGGUUAUGGUUUCUUUUCAAUGUAAUUGUAACCCAAGUAAUCAAAAUGCUGCAAAUGUAUUUAAAAGUAACAAAGAUUUUGUAUUUUCUUUAUGUGAAAUUAACAUAUGCCAGUAUGCACUAGAUCUAAUCUCCAAAAGGGACUAUCCAGUAUUUUUAAUAGCAAUCCAAACUUUCCUGCCUAAACCUGAAUCUUUCUCUAUACAUGUAUGUUUGUAACUCAUCUCUCUUUGUAUUCUAGAAAUCGUUGUCUUUGAAGAUAAAAGUAACACUUGAAAUUCUGAUGCUGCUCUUGGACAAAUACAUUAUAGUUCUGCUUCCAUCUGUGUUGCUCUGAUAAUCACUUUGACCAGUAUAGUUGUGUGUUGUAUCAAUUACAAUAACUUUGUGCUGUUAUUAAUGCUAGGUCAAAUCCAAGCUAUUCUAAUUAGUAUAAAAAACAAUUAUAGGGAUGUUAUCGCAAAUAAAGAAAGAAGAACUAAUGAAUAAUGAUAAA